AUGUGCGCCAACGUCGUUUACGAAUGGUUGAAGACCCUGAAACUCACCCAGUACGCCGAGUCUUUUGUGGAUAACGGCUAUGACGACCUGGAGGUGUGCAAACAAAUCGGGGAGCCGGACCUGGAUGCCAUCGGGGUGUCGCUGCCCCAGCACAGGCGGCGUCUCCACGAAGCCGUGCGGAGGCUGAAGGAGGAAGACGAGACCACCGCCGGCCUCUACUUCACCUUGGAGCCGCAGCCCCCUCGGCGGGGCUCGCCGGGACCCGACAUCUACACCAGCCGCCUGGUGGAGACGCGCCAAGCCAAGACGUGGAAGGACCCACCUCAUCAGACGCCCCCGCCGGGUCACUCUCGGGGGGCGCCGCGGAAAACGGAACUCAACUCCAAGGAGUUGAUCACUUACCCCAAACUCAGACUGAAAAUCAUGAUUAGGGAUAAACUCAUCCGGGAUGGGAUCGCUCUCAGCAAGCCUCCUUAUUCCAGCCAGAGUGGCUGCCAAAUUGGUCACCCUGAGUCGAUAGUUCAUGCCAGAAAAGGACAUGGGGAAUGUGACAUGUAA